AACUGAUUGGAGCAGCACUCCUGCUCCAACUGAAAUUCAACUUGUACAGCUAAUCCCCUCUCUAUCUAUCUCUCUCCCCAAAGUCAUUGCUACAUAAGAGUCUCACAGAAGACUCGGUCAAUUUGGGGAGAAUGAAAGAGAUAAUUAAGCAGAAGAUGAUGAACAGGUUGCACCGCCGUAAUUCCUCCUCUUCUUCCACCGCCUCCGUUGAUUUCACGUCUGGCGAAAGACUCCAAUUCAACUUCUCCGGUCUUCAAGCUCUUCAGGUCCCCAAGGGAUGGGAUAAGCUUUCACUGUCUAUCAUCUCUGUAGAAACAGGAAAAACUCUCGCCAAAACAGGUCGAGCAUCAGUACAGAAUGGAAACUGUCAAUGGACUGAGAAUUUGUCAGAAUACAUUUCAGUUCCCCAUGAUGAGGCUUCAAAAGGGCUUGAGCAGUGUCUGUAUAAGCUUCUCAUUUCAAUGGGAUCAGGAAGAUCUAGCAUUCUUGGAGAAGUUACAGUAAAUUUGUCAAAUCACUUGAAUUCUGAAACUUGUAUUUCUAUCACGGAACCGCUAAAAAACUGUAGUCAUGGGACAAUCUUGCAGGUGGAAAUUAGGUGCCUAACACCACACACAAGUCUGAGGAAUGAAAGAUGGGUAGACACUGAUUCUCUUACAGAAGAUACCAAUGCUUCUGAUGACCUUGAUAACACAUCAGAUAUAUCUGAUGGUAAAAUCAGCAAGCGUGUUGUACAAGAUAGAAGCUUAUCUACAGGGGGGUCACGCAGUAGCUUUGAUUCAAUGGAUGAUUCUUUUGGCAGGGAAAGUUAUUCCCCUCAUAGGAAUCUAAGUGAAGUUACGAAUGGCGUAAUCGGAAUACAGGAUUCCGUUGGCUCUUUAAAUAGCACCCAAUAUGGCUCAUAUCGUGCCUAUGAUUCUCCUAGAUCGAUUCGUUCUCCUUAUGGCUCAGGAAAGCAUACUUUAAGUCAAAGACAUGAUUCUGGGAAAGUUUCACAUUCCGUUCCGGCAUCGCCAUUACGGACUUCUGGUUCCAUUGAAUUUGGUCCGGAAUCAGAAGGGGCGACAGUUGAAGAACUCAGGGCAGAAGCAAGAAUGUGGGAAAGAAAUGCAAGGAAGUUAAAGAUUGAUCUGGAUUUCUCAAAAAAGGAUUCAAGAGACCAAACAAGGAAGUUUGAAAAUGCAAGUAUGGAGGUUCUUGCAUUGCAGACAGAAUGUGAUGGACUGAAACAUGAAAUAGAUUACUUGAAAGCUCUCCUGGAUGAAGCUGAAGUGAAAGAAGAGGCUGCUGAUAAUCUAAAGCUCCAAGAGAAGGAUGAUAUUCGGACGGAAUUGGAAGAGGAAUUAAAAUUUCAGAGAGAGUUGAAUAAUAAUUUAUCUCUGCAACUAAAUAAAACUCAAGAAUCAAAUCUUGAGUUAGUUUCUAUUCUACAGGAACUGGAAGAGACCAUAGAGAAACAGAGAUUAAGCUUGAAAGAUGAACAAGUUCUCAAGGCUCAAACUCUACUGGAUUAUGAGUCUGAAUGGUCGAAGAAAUUAAGCUUGAAAGAUGAAGAAAAUUUUAUUUUAAAAGGAAAAUUAUCUGCUCAAGUUCCAGAGGAAAUACCAGAUCUCAUUGAAGUUCAAGCUUUGAAGGAUAAGAUUCGGGAGCUUGAGAGUGAUUGUAAUGAGCUUACUGAUGAAAAUCUUGAACUCCUAUCUAAGCUUAAAGAAUCAAGUAAGGAUAGUGGUUCCAAGUCCCCCAAUAUUGAAGAUUCGGAGAUGAUCGAACUUGAAUGCCAGAUACAGCAGCUGAAAGAAGAGGCGAAGAAGAGAGAGGUUGAUGGAAUAGAUGCUUGCUACCUACAAAUUCGUUGCAAUGAUCUAGAAAACAAGUGUGUGGAACUAGAGGCCAAGAUGCAGGGUUUCAAGGAUAAAGCUUGUUAUCUUGAUGAUGAACUGCAUAAAUACCGUGCAAAAGCAGAAGAUCAGGAAAAUGAGGUUGCUGCACUGAAACAAUUGUUGAAACUGCAGCAAGAAGGAAAACAUGAAAAUUCAUUCACUGGAGAAGGACAUGCUGAAGAUAAUGUACAAUGUGGUGAACAGAUCAAAACAAUGAUAAGCAAUCCUUGUAAUGUUGAAAAUGAGACUGACAAUGGUGAUAUGCUAGAGAAGUUGAAUAUGGAGCUAAAAUCCAGAGUGGGUGGUGUAGAUAAGGAACUAUUGGCAGCAAAAAACUGUGAGAUAGAAAAGCUUAAAUCAGAUUGUUUGGUGAAGGACAAGGAGAUUGAGCGCCAAAGUUGCUACCAAAGAGACCUGGAGGCUCAAUUGUCUAAACUGCAAACAUUAAAGACUCAGUUGAAGGGAGCUAUGAAAACCAUGCAAUCUGACAGCACAAUCAUCUCUGAAUGUCUAGAAAAGGUAAAAAGCGACAUGGUGGUGCUCAGCGCUCAAAAAGAUUCCCAAGUUGCAGCCAACAAGAUUCUCGAAAAGAAAUUACUUGAGAUUGAAAGCUGUAACAAGGAGUUAGAGCUUCACUUGGGUGAAAUGGAACUAGAAAAUCUACACUUAUCAGAACGCAUAUCUGGAUUGGAACCUCAACUCAGAUACUUAACUGAUGCAAGAGAAUCAAGUCGUUUAGAGAUGGACCAUUCAGAGACACGUGUCGUGAAUCUACAGGCUGAAGUCAGAAGGCUAGAAGACGAAAUGGAAACAAACAAAGUUGAUAUGAGACAGAAACUGGAAAACAUGCAGAAAAGAUGGUUGGAAGCUCAAGAGGAAUGCGAGUAUCUGAAAAAAGCUAACCCGAAGCUACAAGCUACUGCUGAAAAUUUGAUUGAAGAAUCCAGUGCACUUCAAAAGUCAAAUCGAGAACUAAAGCAACAAAGACUCGAUUUAUACAAUCGCUGCAUUGCCCUAGAAACAGAACUGAAGGAAUCACAACAUAAGUUCUCCAAAUUAUCAAAAAACUUACAAGAUUUAGAAGGUAAGUUUUCCUCGAUGAUAAAUGAGAUUGCUGCAAAAGAGAAAAUGUUUGAUUCGGAAGUUGCGGCUUUACAUCUGGUGAACGAAGAGCAGACAGAGAAGCUUAACUUGUUCAAUCAAAUGUACUUGGAGAAGAUGGUUGAAAUUGAUAACCUUCAACAAGAGACAGCACAUCUCAGCACACAAAUAUAUUCAACUCAAGAUGAAAAGGAUAGAAUGGCUUCAGAAGCUGUGCUUGAAAUGCAUGUCUUACGUGCAAAUAACGAUAAUCUGGAAGAAAAAUUCAGAGCAUCUGAGAAGAAGCUUCAUACUGUCCAAGUUGAAUAUGAAGCAAGGAUUCAGGAGCUGACUGUUGAGCUGUCUGCUUCCAGACAGAACCAUGGAGUUCUAGAAGCAAAUCUUGAAAAAAUGAUGGAGCUACUGGAGAAUACUAGAUUUGAUGAAGAAAAGGUGAGAAUCACAGUUGCUGAGCUGGAUGGCAACCUUAAACGUUCCGAAUACGAAAGAGUACAAUUAACAGAAGAGAUCUCGAGUCUUAAAGAUCAAUUGGUGAAGAUUCCAAUUUUGCAGGAGGAAGUGGUGGCUCUGAAGAACGAACUGAAUGAUGUGAAAUAUGAGAAUGAAAGACUUGAAGCUUCGUUACAAAUGAUAACAGGGGAUUAUAAAGAACUGAAGGAAGCGAAAAGUUUAUUGUUGAAGAGAACAUGUAGCAUGCAGAAAGCGGUUAGCGAAUUGGAAGAUCAUAAGCGUAGUAAAGUUGCAUUAGAGGAACAAAUUAUGCGGCUUCAGGGUGAUUUAACUGCAAGAGAAGCAUUAUCUGCACAGGAUGCUGAGUUGAAAAAUGAGCUCGGGCGUUUGAAACGGUCAAAUAGUCAACUACAAUGGAAGAUAAACAGUCUUCAAGAAGAAAAAGAUGAAUGCAUGAAGAACGCUCAAGUUCUUGAAGAGAAACUGGAACACACUGAGUGCUCGACUACUAACAGUCCUGUUUCUUUUGUAUCAGAUAGCAUGAAGCCAUCAGAGGAUGUGGAAGGAAUUAAUAAAGACCAUGAUAGAGAUGUAUCUUUACUGGAGACCGAAUUGAAAGAGCUUCAAGAACGUUACCUCCAUAUGAGCCUGAAAUAUGCAGAAGUAGAAGCUGAAAGAGAAGAGCUUGUGAUAAAGCUAAAGGCUGACAGGCCUGGAACUGGAAGGAGCUGGUUUUCAUAAAUUCAGGGAUAAUUCGUAUACCAUUAUCAGUUUAUCAUUGCCUCCUGAUUACCAUUACCCAGGUAAAUUUAUCUUUCUUAUUCAUUGUAUGUUGAUUAAGUUGUUGAAGAAAUAGCAUGGGGUAAAUGAAUACAACAAAUAGGAGAUAGAAGAAAAUACGAGUUAGAUGGU